AUGCCCGGAUUCUACCCAGUCACCGUCACUUACCUCUCCCUCUUCUACACGCGCUUCGAAUUCGGCCGCCGGCUCUCCUUCUUCUACGGUCAGGCGGCAGUUGGUGGUGCGCUUGGGGGCCUUAUAAGCUACCUAGUGUUCUCCCACUUCGGAAACGACGAUGGAGGUUCAGACAAAGAUUGGAAGCCGUGGCAGGUGCUCUUUUUACUGGAAGGCACUCUCACUAUCGUGGUGGCUUUCAUCGGAUACUUCUGGCUACCACACAGCGUGGAGACGGCAUGGUUCCUCACACCUGAAGAGCGUCGAUAUGCGUCUUCGCGUGUGGUGAGAGACAGAGACAUACAGAACGCGCCGGCAGCAGUCCAAGAAGAUGAUCGAGAAGCGGAAGAAACUUACGAUGAGGAGUCCCGCGGUCUCCUCGAUUCAUCCAAACACUCGAUCACCUCAGCCACGCCGUCGCGACAGCUGGUCGACGAUCGUGGUCUAAGCCCUCACGACGUCCUUUCGUCAGUGUUCAACACGAAGAUAUGGCACAUUCUCGCCUGUAACGUUCUAUCUGCCAUCCCAGUCUAUGCCUUCUCCGUCUUCCUCCCGCUUGUACUGGCACCUUUGACAAAGAAGGCGAAUCCUGCGCUUAUCAACUUGCUCACUGCACCACCACACAUCUGCGGAGCCAUAGUACUGUACUUUGCAGCUAGCUACAGCGACAAACAUCGUAUACGGCUCAAGCCCAUACUGCUCGGCCUGUUCAUCAUGGUAACCGGCCUGGUAAUCGUGGUGCUGUUACCGUCCUCAUGGGCAAUACCCCGCUACAUUGCUCUCAACAUCCUCCUCUCUGGUACCUAUGUUGCCUCUCCGCUCACCGUGGCCUGGAUAUCGGGCAACACGCCGUCGCCCGGCAAGCGCGCGUUGCUGCUUGGCAUCAAUGGCUGGGGCAAUCUCGCUGGAGUCAUCUCAGCGAUCCUGUUCCGACCAAAAUAUGCUGCGGGUGGCUACAUCGUGCCUUUUUGGUGGACACUUGCUUCUGUCGCAUUAGCCGCUCUCGGCUAUGUGCUCUUCCUUAGACGCUUGAAAGUCGAGAAUGAGACGCGACAGAACAUCUUGCGCAAGUGGAGCGAAGACGACGUCGAGGCAGAAAGGACUCAUGGCAGAGGCCCAGUGCCGCAGCAACAGCGGUGGCUGAAGAAGUUCAUCGGUAUGACGCGGUCGCAUACGAGCCUUGCCUGGCUCGCGGAUUGGCUUGAGAAGGCUGCGCGAGCUGGCAGGGAGGGCGACGAUAGGCUUACGUUCGUCUAUGGAUUGUGA